AUGGCCUUGUGGAUAACCAGUGGGAAAGGCGAAGAGAAGGGGAAUAUCUUCUUGGUGAACCCCAGUGAGUGGUUGACCUGCGUGCCGAAGCCGGAAAGAUGGGCGGAGGCAAGAAGGAUAUCUCUCAUGUACAACAGGAUAAGUAAGCUCCCCAAGAAGCCUCGUUGCCGCAAUCUGCAGACGCUGUUGCUGAAUGACAAUGACAAUAACUUUCAUCCGGAGGAAAUCCGCCUUAAGUUCCCCCUUGGCUUUUUCCAGUUCAUGAGGAGACUUCGUGUUCUAGAUUUGUCCUAUAGGAGUAUAAGGCUUCUCCCCUCGGGAAUCGGGUCACUGGUUGAACUCCGGUUUCUCGAUCUAUCAGGGACUCUCCUGGAAUCAUUGCCCAUGGAGGUAGGGAGGUUGACGAAGCUGAGACAAUUGCGUUUGGAGCACGUCUCUUAUCUUACGAGUAUCCCACGCGAGGCGGUCUUAUCGCUUAAAGGGCUGCAGUCGCUGAACUUGCUUGAAAGUGAUUAUGUCUUUACAGGAGACUGGGAGGACGAUGGCAGCGAUUCUGGGAGUGCUCAUGAUGAGGGACAACUCAGUCUGAGAGACUUGGAGGGCAUGGGGCAGCUGACGGAGCUCGGUGUUAGUAUAAGAGGCAUGACGCAGAGAGGCAUGGAGGAUUUACAGAAGUCUCAUAGACUGUGUGCGUCCAUCAGAUUUCUAAGCCUUGAAUAUGUGGGAAUCUCGUCUUUUGAUUUGUCUGCUUUUCUUGAGGUUAUGAAGGGCCUGAGAAAGCUUACGAUUAACUUUUCUCCCGACUUAGAAGAUCUGGUCUUUAACAAGAACCAGCUCUCGGAGCUGGAGGAACUGAGCUUGUUUAAUCUUUCCCGAGCAACGGUGCAUUGGAAAGAUGGCAACGUGUUUGUGACGGGGCCCACCACAGCUGGCAUCUUCAAAACCUUCGGGUCUUGGAUAUUUUCUACUGUGAAGCAUUGGAGGACAUAAUCUGGAUCAGACAACUGCCCUGCAUUGAGAAGUUAACACUAUUUGGAUGUUCGAGAAUAGAAGAGGUGAUAGUAGUCGAAGAGGUGACGGUGGACAACGUGGAUUAUGAAAAUGAUUCUUUCUUCCCUAAAUUAAAGCGGAUUUGGUUGGAAGAUCUUCCGAAUUUGAGGAGCAUAUGUAGGCAUCCGUUGUUGCUCCCUUCCUUGGAGGAAGUCCAUGUAAUCAACUGUCCAGAGCUGAAGAAGCUGCCCUUUGGGUUCUCUACUGCCAAGAACAUCAAAGAGAUCUAUGGUGGACAAGAAUGGUGGGAUGGAUUAGAGUGGGAGCAUGAAGACGUCCGAUCCAUGUUUACCCCCUUUUUUCCCCCACUAAAUUCUAAAGGGGUAUUUGAGCCAUAUAGCCUCUAG